UGUGACAUUUCCAACAAAAAGCCAACAGCGUUUGAAAUUGUUGGUAUAUUUUUUAUUCGUAAAUACAAGAAUUAACGAUUUAAAUGAUGUUUAGAAAAGAAAUUCUUCGGGAAACGACUUUAGUGUUGUAAUUUAUGUUAUUUCGCAAACUAGAAAACUAAUCUUUGAAGAGCAUGAAAGGCAAUUCGCUGAAAUAAAAAAAUGGAAACUGCAAAAUCAAAAUUGUUUAUCCAAACCAUCGUGGAUUUAAAAGAUGAAUUCGAAGAGAAGUACGAACGUGCAUUUCGAUUGUACGAGGAUGUGGUUUCCGGCACUAACGAGAAGGAUCUACACGAAAUGUUGACGACUAGCGUCGGAAAAGAAAAGUCCCAGGAAGAUAUUACACUUGCGUUGAUGUAUGCUAUUUUGACCGAUCCAAGUGUUGCUACGAAAGCCUACAGUGAUCUAACUAUAUUGAGCCACGAUGGAUUUGCCUUUGUUACAACCAACUUAGCUAUGCUCGCUGCAGAAAAGUAUCAAAGACUUAAUGAUACUCCCCGCAAGCAACUACUCUGGUUUCUCAGGGAACUUAUCAAGAACCAAGUUCUGAAUGUGGACAAUUUGGUUUGGAACAUUCUGAGGCAAGCCUGUGGGGGAGAUAUAAGUGCUAAAAAUGUCACUCUGAUUGAAGGACUUCUAGAUAUUUUUAUCGAGUACAGAUCUUGGCUAGAAAAAGAUCAAUUUUUGGUCGGAACUGUGGUGUACACAUUUUUGCGAUUACUGGAAGAUCAUCACAGUCCCCAGUUUGCGCACUUGCACAAUAAAGAAGUUACUUUUAUUACAAGUUUAAUUAGGGAGCGGUUCACAGAUGUUAUGCCUCUUGGAAGAGAAUUCGUCCGACUUUUGCAAAAUGUUGCACGAAUUCCCGAAGUAGAAGCUCUUUGGAAAACUAUACUUUACAAUCCAAAGUCUCUAUGUCCGACAUUUAAUGGUGUGUUGCAGCUCAUGCAAAUAAAAACCAGCCGUAGAUUCUUGAGAUGCCGAUUAACUCCGGAUGUAGAGCGGAAGCUUCAUUUUUUGAUAAGUAACGUUAAAUUUGGGAAUCAAAAACGCUAUCAGGACUGGUUCCAAGAAAAAUAUUUCACCACUCCAGAGUCCCAGAGUCUGCGCUCCGACUUGAUUCGAUUCAUCAUUAGCGCAAUACAUCCAACGAACGAUAUGCUUUGUUCCGAUAUAAUUCCACGCUGGGCUGUUAUAGGUUGGCUUCUAACAUCUUGUACGAAUGCUGUAGCCCAAGCGAACGCAAAGCUUUCACUAUUCUAUGAUUGGUUGUUCUUCGACCCCCUAAAGGACAAUAUCAUGAACAUUGAACCAGGAAUUUUAGUAAUGUAUCAUUCCAUAAAAAAUCAUCCUCUGGUGAGCUGUACCCUGCUAGAUUUCUUGUGCAGGAUAAUGAAAAAUUUUUACCCCAAAUGUGAAGAGUUGGUUCGUGCCGGUAUAUACAAUUCUCUACGGAUCAUUCUUGAGAAACAGGUGAUACCGAACCUCGUACCUUUACUGGAGUCUACUAAACUAGAUCGCGAGCUCAAAACUAUGCUGCGCGAAAAUUUCCGUGAAUUUUUUUCAAACACAAGUAGUUCUUCCAAUUUGGUUUCUCCCCUGAAAAUGCUGCCUUCGGAAGAAGAAAACCAAUUCAUCAAUGCGAGUUAUAGCGAGGAUAACUGGAGCACUAAUAACGAGCAAAUAAAUUGCACCACCAUUGGUGAUGAGCCAAAAUUUAGCGAUGAAGAGGAUGAAACAAAAACAGCAGCUGGUUUCAAAGAUGAUCAUUCUGACGACGACGAUCUGCCAUUGUCUAAGGUUAUCAAACUCGAAAAGCCAUUAGUGCAAUCAAUUCCGGAUGAGUUAUCUCAGGUAUUGGAUUCAUUUAAUGAGUCUAAGAAAACUGAAGAUUUUGAGCUGGUUAUAUCUGGCAUGAAUACGGUGACCCUAAAUGCUGAACAAGAAGCUUACGUACUCGACCGUAUAGUAACAACAUUGAAGCAAACUUUGGCAAACAGAUCAGUGUUCCCAGAAUCAAAAUCUGAUGAAAGCCUUUCUGAAAGUGUUAGCAAUCCUAUUUUUCAUAUGUUUAAACUUUUGUAUCAGUCUGAAGAGAAAAGCAAAAAUCAAGUUGGAAGUUUGCUAGUCACCACUAGUCAACAAAUUCCCAGCACUGGAUACCUUUUGUUACAUUUUUUGAAAGUUCAUGCCAAGCUCCAAGCUCGAAGAAAGGAAAACUCAGCAGCUUCUUUCAAAGCAAGCGUUUAUAAACAUUAUUGCAUGUUGAUUGAUUCUAACUUGGAAGAUCAGCUAAAACAAGAUUUAGAUGUUCUAGAAAAAAACAGCUCGCAGAUGUUUUUUUGGCUACUACCGGAUAUCUAUAAGGAAUUCAAAAACAUCAUGCUCAACAAUACUGAAAUUUUGGCACUGGUCAUUGGUGCUAUAGACGCCACGAACUUACGAGACAUUAUUUUCAACGUUGCGCAAGGAAAACUGAAUAUGUUUAGCAGUGAUGACAUUAUCGACGUAGUACGCGAAAGUCUUGAAUACGAAACAUUUGAACAAUUCUGUUUCUGGCAACUUCUACAAGCACAUGACGUUCCGUUUGAAUCGUUUCAGGAUAUCAUACCAGAGCUGGAUUCCUCACAACAUGCCGAAGCUCUCACGUACAUAUUAUUAUUAUUGAAGAACGAAAAGCCUUCCACAGAUUUAGUGAAAUGUUUGUUAAGUCGAGAUUCCAAAAACAAAGCUGACGCAUUUGUUAUCUCCGUGCUUCGUUGCUGGUGCGAAGAGUACGAAGGCAAAUUGUCAGAAAUAAUAGCGAAUCUCUUAACGUCUAAGUACCCAUCAAGCUCUCCGAACAAACGCAAGCGACCCCUAAAAUCAUCUCCAUUGCAAAACUGCACACCUUCGUCGGAACAAAUUUUGCAUCAUUUGGAACACUUCCGCCGAAGCUGUAGGCACGGGAAUGGAACAGGAACUGGGCUUUACGUACAAAACGAGAUGCAGAGAUCUCUUCAACAAGCUUUUUCUCACAGCACUGAUAGUCAGAAGAAACAUUUUGCCGAUUUGUUUGCCUUAGCUGCAGAAGAUGAAACAACCGCAACAGUGGGACGUAGGAGUACCAGCAGUCGGGGACGUAAACCUCCGGCUAGCAAAAAAGAUUCUGCAUCGUCCAACAGCAAUUCAAAAAAGAAUCAGGAUAAUUCGUUCGCAAGCGAUGAUUCUACUGAUGAAGAUUGGUCUAAACAAAAAUAUGGAAAACGUCGUAAAAAAACAUUCAGCGAUUCUGAUUGACAUUUCGUAAAGUACACGCCGAACCGACUUAAAGCGACGAUAAAUAUCUUUGUUUCUACAGUUUUUAUUCUGUUCUCAUUUACAACACACUUUACGAUGUAAGUUCUUUGUAAAUAUGUCUUAUUAUACACCAACAAAAGGGAGAGAAUUGUAAUAAAAGUUUGGAAAUAA